AUGGCUAAUCCGCAAGAGAACUUAUUCGUUGAUGCUAAUAUUGGAGAAGAAUCUGGUGAACUAGAGAAUAACAAGGCUAUAAAUGAAACACUAUGUGUACUAGAGACACAGCCUUCUGAUACGAAUAUAGGACCUAUCAAUUUGCCAAGAAAUAUUUCGACACCAGAAAAAACCGUAGAAUUUACAUUUGGUGUUGCGACUCCAACACCAACCGGAGUCUCACCUUUUAACUACCAUGAGAUUCAUCAACCAUCAGAAGAAGGUAACAAAGUCGGACACGUAGCUGAUGUCAACGAUCAAAAUAUCCCACCACUAAAGAGAAUUAAACGUAAACCAAAAGGAAUUCCUCUGGACAUUCCUGAAGAGAAACAAGAACCGGAUAAACCGGCCAAAUACAUCUCAAAAAUACCCGAGAAUUCAACAGAAUUCGAAUACGAUCAAACUAUAAUUCCAAUUGAUGUCAGUCAACUUGAUAAAUAUGCAAAACAAAUCGAUAAAGGAAAUUUUGGCACAGUUUAUUCAGUCAAUAUCAAGAAUCCACGUGAAAUUCGUAUGGCAGUUAAAGUACGUAAUUUAUUUAUUAGCUUUCAUUUUUCGACCGUAUAA